UUUAAUCAUAACUGAUUAACUGAUAUAGUGCUUUGUGUUCAUUCCGUAUUUGGAUGGUGAGACGAUUUUGAACAUUUUAUUACUUCGAAAUCAAUUGAGAGCUCUUUGGACAAUAUUUGCAAUGACGGUGGAAAUGGGAAAAUCCACUAAAGGGAAUCACAUUAAUGGCAUGGGAGUGUAUACGAUUUAUGAGCCACAUAAAGUUGAAUCUCAAUUAAAAGAACAAUUCAAGGAGUCUUUGAGGUCGAUACAAAUCGAAAAACAACGAUUGGUACAGGAGAAGUGGUACGCUAUAACCAUACAAGUUUGCAUUCCAUUUUUCAUUGCUGGUAUUGGUACUAUUGGAGCUGGACUCGUAAUGUCCUCUGUAACAAAAUAUAAGGUUUUUGAAGAAGUUAAAGCCCUGUAUGUUCUAGUACCAGCUCUACUUGGACUUAAAGGUAAUUUAGAUAUGUGUCUUGCAUCAAGACUUUCAACCCAAGCAAAUUUGGGUACUAUGGAUAUUAAAACAGAAUUGUACAGCAUGAUAGUAGGAAAUAUUACUCUAGUGCAGAUUCAGGCGAUAGUAUGUUCCUGUAUAGUAUCUGUAUUUGCAGUUGUAGCAUCUGCACUAGUCAACCAUAAUUUUGAAUGGAUGCAUACGUUACUAUUGGCUACGGCCAGCACACUGACGGCUACGUUAUCUUGCUUCAUUUUGGAUCUUGUUCUGGUCAGUGUUAUUGUUAUAUCUCACAAGCUGAGGUUGAAUCCUGACAAUUUGGCUACGCCAAUGGCUGCUAGCAUUGGGGACGUGGUUUCUCUCAUUGUUCUCUCAACUUGGGCAAAGUUAUUAUUCAAAAUACAUGGUGAGUAACACUGAAUAGUUCACAAA